AUGGCUCUGAGUGGCAACUGCAGGACUUACCUUCCUGCUCGGGAGCAGGGGACUGGGCUCCACUCCUUCCCAGAGGUAGUGGAGCUAAACGUGGGUGGCCAGGUCUACUUCACCCGCCACUCCACCUUGGUUGGCACCCCUCACUCCCUGCUCUGGAAAAUGUUCACCCCAAAGAGAGACACAGCCAACGAUCUGGCCAAGGACUCCAAGGGAAGAUUCUUCAUUGACAGAGAUGGUUUCCUCUUCCGCUAUAUUCUGGACUAUCUCAGGGACAAGCAAGUGGUUCUGCCUGACCACUUCCCAGAGAAGGGGAGGCUCAAGAGGGAGGCUGAGUACUUCCAGCUCCCGGACUUGGUCAAGCUUCUGACUCCUGAUGACAACAAGCAAAGCCCAGAUGAUUAUUGCCACAGUGACUAUGAAGAGGUCUCCCAGGGCAGUGACACCAGAAUCUGCCCACCUUCAGCACUCUUACCGCCCGAUCGUAAGUGGGGAUUCAUUACCAUUGGCUACCGGGGGUCGUGCACUAUUGGCAGGGAGAGCCAAGCCGAUGCCAAAUUCAGGAGGGUCCCAAGGAUUUUGGUUUGUGGAAGGAUUGCUCUGGUCAAAGAGGUCUUUGGAGAAAGUUUGAAUGAAAGCAGAGAUCCGGACAGGGCUCCAGAGAGGUACACCUCCAGGUUUUAUCUCAAGUUCAAGCACCUGGAGAGGGCUUUUGACAUGUUGUCUGAAUGUGGAUUCCACAUGGUGGCCUGUAACUCCUCAGUGACAGCUUCCUUUGUCAACCAGUACACCGAUGACAAGGUCUGGUCCAGCUACACCGAAUAUGUCUUCUACCGUGAACCCUCCCGAUGGUCCUCCUCCCACUGCGACUGCUGCUGCAAGAACGGCAAAGGCGACAAGGAGGGGGAGAGCGGCACCUCCUGCAACGAGCUGUCCACCUCCAGCUGUGACAGCCAGUCUGAGGCCAGCUCCCCCCAGGAGACCGUCAUCUGCGGCCCUGUCACCCGCCAGCCCAACAUCCAGACUCUGGACCGCCCGGCCAAGAAGGGCCCAGUGCAGCUGCUGCAGCAGUCGGAGAUCCGCAGGAAGAGCGACCUGCUGCGGACUCUCACCUCUGGCUCCAGGGAGUCCAACUCCAGCAAGAAAAAAGCGGUGAAGGAGAAGCUCUCCAUUGAGGAGGAGCUAGAAAAAUGUAUCCAGGAUUUCCUCAAAAUCAAAAUCCCAGACAGGUUUCCAGAGAGGAAGCAUCCCUGGCAAUCCGAACUGCUGCGGAAGUACCACCUAUAG